AUGCCAUCGAAUCUGCCUUAUGCUGCAGAUGCAGAAAGUCCUCUCAAGCCCGCGGAGUUGCAAGUUCUUCGAGCACAGUACGAAAAAGAAGGCGACUAUGUCUCGGUCCAAACUAAAUUCAACUACGCCUGGGGAUUGAUCAAAUCCAAUCAACGGGGUGACCAACAACUCGGCGUCCAACUUCUCUCGGACAUUUUCAAGACGACACCAGAGCGAAGGCGCGAGUGCCUAUACUAUUUGGCUCUCGGCAAUUACAAGCUAGGAAACUAUGCUGAAGCACGACGAUACAACGACCUGUUAAUAGAGAAAGAGCCUGGGAACUUGCAGGCUGCGAGUCUGCGACAGUUGAUUGAUGACAAGGUGUCGAGAGAAGGGUUGAUGGGUGUCGCAAUCCUCGGGGGGGCUGCUGUAGUUGCCGGUAUAGUUGGUGGCAUGAUCAUGAGAGGGUCACGAAGAAGGUGA